AUGAAAUUAUCAUUUUGUCAAUGUCGAAGAUGGCAUAAUUUACCACAGAAUAAAAACAAGAUUUAUCAACGAUUAUACGCUGCCACAUAUCGAUCAUUAUUAUCAUUAUUACCUCCAAUCUGUUCUCAAGUUUUAUUCAAUGAUAAUAAUAUACAAUCUAAAUAUAUAUCUCCAAAAGGUUUAUCUGGUUGUGUUAUACCGAUUGGAACAUUUCCAAGCACAAUUUUAGCUCUUGAGUAUUUAUACGAAACAUAUCAGCAGAAGAAUAUGAUUAUAAAAUAUGUGGAUAUGAUGGACAAAAUACGAAAUGUUGGAUUAACAUUAGAUCCACGUACAGAUGAAGAACGUCAAGCAAAAAUAAAUACGAUAUGUAAUGUUACACAAAGAUUCUGUACUGGAAUAUUACAACAAUAUUCAAGUUUCAAUGAUUGUCAACAAUUUUUAAGAACACAAAUACCUUAUGCUUCAUAUGAUAGAGCAGAUGAAGGAAAUGUUAUUUGCCGUUUUGUUCAUACAUAUUUUGUACCUUUAUUACCAUCUAUACAUUGUCCACAUGUGGGUCCAACUGGAGGAGGAGCAUGUACUGAUAAAACAAUCGACUUUUAUUAUAAUCAAACAAAUUUUCUGGCUUGUACUCAUAAACAAUAA